GAAGGCUCUGACUUCGUUUUUUAUAUGUAAUUUCCAUUUAUUAUUUGGCGCUUCAUUCAGCCGCCCUCCUCUGCAAGAACCCAUUUGGGCUCACCACUUGGGCGAUUCUUUCUUUAUAUUUUUCCACUGCUUACGCGUUCGAUUCUUCCAAAUCCCAGAACCCACAACCCAAAAACCACUCUUCACUCUCCCCUGUGGUUUUGUAUGGUCCUUCUCACUUGUUUGCGUCUUCUCUAAGUCAAUUUUCCAUUGGACUCUCAAUUCCCACCUCCAAUGGCUUCCCAGCAGCAGUUAUCCGCCGUUAAGGGCGCCAAAGUGCUCAUGGUUGGAGCGGGUGGAAUCGGCUGCGAGCUUCUCAAGACCUUGGCUCUCUCGGGGUUUCAGGACAUUCAUAUUAUUGACAUGGACACCAUAGAAGUGAGCAACUUGAACCGACAAUUUUUAUUCCGAAAAUCUCAUGUAGGGCAAUCAAAGGCCGAGGUUGCUCGAGAUGCUGUAUUAAGAUUUAGACCUCAUGCUAGCAUUACGUCAUAUCAUGCAAAUGUCAAGAAUCAAGAAUUUAAUGUAGAUUUCUUUAAGCAAUUUAGUGUUGUUUUGAAUGGACUUGACAACUUAGAUGCGAGGCGACAUGUGAAUCGUCUGUGCUUGGCAGCUGAUGUUCCCUUAGUUGAAAGUGGGACCACUGGAUUCCUUGGACAGGUCACAGUCCAUGUCAAGGGAAGAACAGAGUGCUAUGAGUGCCAGCCAAAACCAGCACCAAAAACGUAUCCUGUCUGUACCAUUACUAGUACUCCGUCAAAGUUUGUUCACUGUAUCGUUUGGGCGAAGGAUCUACUUUUUGCAAAGUUAUUUGGAGAUAAGAAUCAAGAAAAUGAUCUAAAUGUGCGUUCAAGUGAUCCUGCAAGUUCAUCUAAUCAUGCUGAAGAUGUAUUUGAACUUAAAAAAGAGGAAAGCAUUGAGCAGUAUGGAAGAAGAGUAUUUGAUCAUGUAUUUGGGUACAACAUUGAAGCAGCUUUAUCUAACCAAGAUACUUGGAAAAAUCGCAAUAAACCUCGGCCUAUUUAUAGUAGGGACAUCCUGCCUGAUGAGCCCACUAAACAGAAUGGAAACAUGGACAAAAAUUGUGCCGAGGAUGGCCAAUCCUUAAUUUCUGCCACGACAUCUCUGGGCAUGAAAAAUCCCCAGGAGAUAUGGAGUCUUAUGGAAAAUUCCAGAAUCUUAAUCGAGGCUAUUAAACUGUUUUUCACGAAACGGGAAAAGGAUGUUGGGAACUUGACUUUUGAUAAAGAUGAUCAGUUAGCUGUGGAGUUUGUCACUGCUGCUGCAAACAUUAGAGCAGAAUCUUUCGGUAUUCCAAUGCAUAGCCUUUUCGAAUCUAAAGGUAUUGCGGGUAACAUUGUGCAUGCUGUUGCAACAACUAACGCUAUUAUUGCUGGCUUGAUUGUGAUCGAGGCGAUUAAGGUGCUGCAAAACGAUGCAAACAAUUACAGGAUGACGUAUUGUCUCGAACAUCCUUCAAGGAAAAUGCUACUUAUGCCAGUGGAACCUUUUGAACCUAAUAAGUCCUGCUACGUCUGUUCUGAGACACCGCUAUCACUUGAGAUAAAUACUCGUCAGGCAAAGCUGCGGGAUUUUGUCGACAAGAUUGUCAAGGCCAAGCUUGGAAUGAACUUUCCACUUAUUAUGCAUGGAACUGCCCUUCUUUAUGAAGUUGGCGAUGAUCUUGAUCAGGACAUGGCGGCAAAUUACGCCGCAAACCUUGAGAAGGUGCUAACGGAGUUUCCUUCACCUGUCGUUAGCGGGACGAUAUUAUCUGUUGAGGAUCUCCAACAAGAGCUUAGCUGCAGUAUCAACAUUAAACACAGAGAUGAAUUUGAUGAGGAGAAGGAACCAGAUGGAAUGGUUCUAUCUGGAUGGGAACAAGCUUCACUGGAAAAGGGCGAUAGCAGCAAGUCUUUGGGCAAUGGAGAAAGCACCUCGAAGACAUUGCCAUUGGCUGCAGAUGCUGAUACAAACGAUGACUCGGACAAUGUUGCUUCUGGAAAGAAAAGAAAACUGGACGAUGCAUCUUCCACUGUCGAUAUAUCAAGUUCUUCUAAUGAAGCUAAUAGCUCAAAGAAACUCGAAGUGCUUGAUGACGAUGAUGACGACUUCGUCAUGUUUGAUGAUGGGGAUGCAGCUGCCAACAAGAAGAAAAGAUUGCAAUAAUCUGCUUCUCGGACUUAACCGAUGACUGCUAACCUAAUUUUGUUCAGUUAGGGAGAAAUGGUGAUAUUCUUUAGGCGCUUCAUAAUUUUUCUUAGAUCUUAAUGUGUAUUUUUGGAGUUAGGUGACCCUUCGAUUAUUCUCUCCUUGUCCUAUACUAUGAGUUCAAAUGUAGCAAGCUAUAGAAUGUUGUCAUAUUUCCAAGCAUUCAAUUUAGAAGCUAGAGUGAUUGUAACACUAAAACAGAAGUAUCGACCUUUUGGAAACCACCUACACUAUCAGAUGACAGUGGUCAAUUAAAUAUCUCAACAAAUUUUUAGUUAA